UAGACCUGUUACAGAAGCACCUACUUUUAAAAAACAAAUAAUAACUUGCGGUCAUUACCACGCGUUUAUUUUUACAGCUAAUGUAUAGCUCAAGUAAAUGAGACAACGCAUAUUAUGUUCAACAACUGAGAGACAAUUAUUCUAGAACGAUCCAAAGCCGCUCUGGAAAAAUCAUUGAUAUCGAUUGUAUCAUCAGUGACCAUAGAAACGAGACGAUUGAGAAAUGAUGCAAAUUUUACUUCAAUCACAACAACCUCUCUUCAAAUCAGCAAAUAUGCACAGAUAACUGGAGAGACUGGUAGAGAAUGGAGUGCCAUAGCACACCGCUAAAGCAGAAUGAACCAGUGGCUAAGAAGGCUGGUGGACAACAGGGAGAUAGAUUCGUUAAGGACAAGAGGAGAGUACACACUGCCCAGGGGGAUAUGGCCAAAGCAAGGAGCAGGAGUUGCCCUGUGGCAGGCCUCAGUGUAGAGAAUGGUUAUGGGGACACCAGCAACCAGCCAAUGUGUUUAAGGGGAAGAAGACCUGGAAGCCAAGGGGUCUGUUGGAGCCCUGACCGAGUCACCAUCCUGACAGGGACUGUCAGUGAGCUGAGCGGCAUGACGACACAGACCCCAGAGGAACAGGCCACUGUGGUGAUCAAGCUGUCUGGUGGAGGGAGGACAGCGAUACGGCCCAAGAGAGCUAACAACCUGGGCAACGGUGAAGGGGUAUGUGGGGCUCCACUGAAGAGAGAGGAAUGGAACCCCUACACCUCCAACCUCACCCUCCCCCAGGCCUGUGUUACUAGAGAGAACAACAAAGAGGAUGCCCAUCAGCCGAGCCCUGUAGCGGGGCUGGACAGGGCCAUGGGUGGGCCCCCAGUCUCCAAGAGGGCCUUGGCUCCUCUGGGUCAUGGUGGUAUGAGAAAGAAGGGCAAAUGGCGGCUCGACACAUUGCGCUGGUACAGCGACCUGCCCGUGCAUGCCGACAGAGGCCCCAUGCCAUUCCGCCGGAAGAAGAGUUUGAGCAUCAUGGGGAGCAUAUCAUGGGCUGACGACCAUUACUGGGCAUCCUGGGACGGCUGGGACGAGGUCAUCAUCUGGGGCGACGAGGGGCGAAAUGAGCAGAGGAAGAAGAGACAAAUGGCUGAGGAGGAGAGGAGGAAGGAGGGGAGGCAGAAGAGUAAAGGAGGAAAGAAGGAGGGGACGGGAAGGGAGGGAGUUAAGAGUGGACAGAAGAUGGGUGGAAAGAAGGUCCAGCAGAAAAGGUAGAUUCAGAGACAAACAGGAAGUCUGGGACGUGGAGAAGCAGCGACAACACUGCAUAUACCAUAGACUCAAUUACCGCUCCCGUUACUGCCCAUACGGAGAACAAAUUGCCAAAUAAUUUUUAAAAAGUAUGCAUUUUGAAAUGCAUUUUAAUAAGUGACAUACAUUCGUAAAAUGUAUUUGAAAUACAUACAUUUCUACUAUUUCACAUGUACUUUAAAUUCUUCACAUUUCACAAUAUUUUUUCCAUAUGGGUGCACAGGUUUACCUGAAAAAUAUCACUUGUCAUAUCUGAGGAUUUAAAUAGUGAGGAA